UAAAAAGACGGUGUCUCUUAGGACUCUACAGGGAGACGCAGCGAUGGCGGCCGUGCAAGGGCUCUGCGACGAAGCGACGUGCUCCGUCUGCCAGGAAUACUUCAGAGAACCGGUGACUCUGGACUGCGGGCACAACUUUUGCCGCGCCUGCCUGGCGGGUCUCUGGGAAGGAUCCGGCCCCGACUCUCCCUUCUGCUGCCCGGAGUGCAAAGAAGCCGUGCAGCCCAGGAACUUCAAGCCCAACCGGCAACUGGCCAACGUCGCAGAGCUGCUCAAGAAACUCCAGGAGGGGGAAAGUGGAGGAAGGCGCGCAUCAGGCGCGGGGCAGUGGCGGAUGUGCCAGGCGCACCAGGAGCCGCUGAAACUCUUCUGCAAGGACGACGAAGCGCCCAUCUGCGUGGUGUGCGACAGGUCCAAGGAGCACCGCGAGCACCGCGUGUGUCCCAUAGAAGAGGCUUCCCAAGAGUACCAGGAAAAAAUCAAGGCCAACCUAGAGUCUCUGAAGGAUGAGAGAGAGAAACUUGUGGAGCAGAAAUUAGCCGAAGAGUUGAGAAAGCAGGAGUGUAUGGCGGGGUUAGAAAUGGAGAAGCAGAAGAUCAGAAUUGCCUUUGAGAGGAUGCAGGAGUUCCUUGAGGAGAAACUGAACCUGUGGCUCGGCCAGCUGGAAGAUGUGGAGAAAGAGAUGGGGAGGUGGCAGGAAGAGAACCUCUCCAAACUCUCCGAGGAGAUUUUGCAACUCAAUGAACUGAUUGUGGAGCUGGAGGAGAGGAGCCUGCGGCCUGCGAGUGAAUUCUUGCAGGACAUCAGAAGUGCUUUGAGCAGUAGUGAGAAGAACUCAGCAGGGCAUGCGACGGACCUUUCUCCCAAGAUGGAAGAGGCGCUCAGGUUUGCGUCGCAGAAAAACUCUGCUUUAGAAAAGGCUUUGGAGAGCUCUCAAGAUUCUCUGAAGCAAGCCCUGAACAAAGUGAGUGUGACUCUGGAUCCAGAAACUGCAUCCCCAAAGCUCCUCAUCUCUGAGGACCUGAAGAGUGUGAGAAGGGCAGAGAAGAAGCAGGAUCUGCCCGACAACCCAGAGAGAUUUGACUGGAUGCCCUUUGUCCUGGGCCGCGAGGGAUUCACUUCAGGAAGGCCUUGGUGGGAGGUGGAGAUUACGAUGGUAGAGAAAGCCAUGUGGGCUCUUGGUGUUGCCAAAGACUCGGUCAGGAGGAAGGGUCCGUUUAAGCUUAAUCCGAAUGAGGGGGUAUGGGCUCUGAAGAAGCAGUUUGGCGAGUCCUCGCCUUUUCAGCUCGUGGCUUUGAGUAGCCCUGAGCCGGUCUCCGUGACCGUAAGGCAACUGCCCAGGAAGAUCCGGGUUUCCCUGGAUUACGAAGGGGGCCUGGUGGAAUUUUUUGAUGCUGAAGCCAACGAAUGUCUCUUCACUUUCUUUGCAGGGUCAUUCUUGGGGGAGAAAAUCCGCCCCUUCUUCCACUUGGGUUUGGGAGUCAAUCUAAAGUGUUGAA